AUGUCCAGUUCAUCAUCAUCAUCAUCCUCUAGUGACGAUUACGAAUCAAAUGAUUAUGAAGUAAUCAAUAAUGUUGUUACACAAAUGAAUGUUGUUUUCAAUCCCCAAGCCAUAGGCGCUUGUCUAACGUUAUCUUUGACGAAGAAGAAAACCAAAGCUAAGAAGCGUCAAGUUCUUCAAGACCCAAGUUUACUAGAAGGAAGGUUUCGAAUGCGAAAUGAAAUGUUUCUGCGCAUAGUGCGAGACAUAAACUCCUUUGAAAGCAUUAAACCGCUACCGAAACACUUUCAGUUCUUCCACAAAAGCGCGACAGAUGCUAGUGGUCGUCCCAGUUUCAACAUUUUCCAGAAAUGUACUUCUGCCAUACGCCAGUUAGCGUAUAGCUUUAAGGCUGAUGCUUUAGAUGAGUACUUGCAAAUGGCUCAAGAUACGGGCUACCAGUAUAUCGAGGUUCAUGGAUUUCCGGGUAUGCUUGGUAGCAUAGAUUGCAUGCAUUGGGGUUGGAGGAACUGUCCAGUGGCAUGGCAAGGGGAGUACACCCGAGAUUUGUUCGACAAUUUGCUUCAAGACAAGGCUCCUAAAGUAGAGAUUUCGGUUAAUGAGGGGCAGUUUCAAAAGGGAUAUUACCUAGCAGAUGGUAUUUAUCCAGAAUGGGCUACUCUUGUUAAGUCAUUCAAGUGCCCGAUGGACCCGAAAACCUCCAAGUUCAAAAGAUACCAAGAAGCUGCAAGAAAAGAUGUCGAGCGAGCAUUUGGAGUUCUUCAAGGUCGUUGGCAGAUUAUUGAACAAUAUGCGCGACCAUACAGUCCCAACAAGAUAAAACGGAUCAUGUUAUGUUGUGUGAUUCUGCACAACAUGAUCGUUGAAGAUAACGGGCGUGCAAUUACAGAGUUUGAAGAAGAGUUGAUAGCUAAUACUACACUCCCAACCCGUACGUGGACUGAAAGGUGUUCAACGCAGAUUCGUAUGUAUAAGGAGUUGUGCGAUAGAAGGGGCUAA